AUGAAGGUCGACCCAGCAAUCGUCUCGCUUCUCAAGCUGGACCCAGCCAAUGCCUCCGUAUCGUCAGCAGGAGGUGGCGGCAUGUCCUCAGCCAGCACCUCCAAAAUCACAACCAAGCAGGCAGACGGCAGCACCAUGCAAUACUUUCUCAAAACCGGCCGUGGCCCCGAAGCCGAGAUCAUGUUCACCGGCGAACACGCCUCCCUCAACGCCAUCCACGACGCCGUGCCUACCUUGUGUCCCAAAUCCUUCGGCCACGGAAAGCUAGAAGACUCAAAGGGCAUGUCGUUCCUAGUGACAGACUUCCUUGAUCUCUCGGGCCGAAUGUCCAGCAAAGGCUCAUCGAGCUCUGGCAUGACUCUCGCGCAGAAGCUGGCGAAACUGCACACCACCCCUGCGCCUUCUCCGGACGGAUACGAGAAGCCGCAGUUCGGGUUCCCGGCUACGACGUGCUGUGGUGACACGCCGCAGGAUAACACUUAUCAUUCUUCAUGGGCGGAUUUUUACGCGGAGAGACGGUUGAGGUUCAUCAUGCGGCAGAGUCAGAAGUCGAAUGGAGCGGACAAGCAGCUUGAUAACUUGAUUGAGCAGACUUGUACCAAGGUUGUGCCGAGAUUGAUUGGAGAUGAACAUUUGAAUGGCGGGAAGGGAGUUACGCCGGUCGUGAUUCAUGGGGAUUUGUGGUCUGGGAAUGCGUCGAGAGGGAAGCUGCCUGGUAUGACUGAGCCAGAGGACUUGGUGUACGAUUCGUCGGCUUGCUACGCACACUCUGAGUUCGAGCUGGGGAUCAUGAAGAUGUUUGGUGGCUUCGGUGGCAGCUUCUUGAAAGAGUACCAUCAACUGGUGCCCAAGACCGAGCCAGCGGACGAGUACGAGGACCGAGUGGCGUUGUAUGAGCUCUUUCAUCAUCUCAACCACCACGCGCUGUUCGGAGGCGGGUACAGGAGCGGAGCGGUCAGUAUCAUGAAGAAGCUGAUUUCGAAAUAUAGCUCGGAUGAUAAGAGCGAGCUAUGA